UUAGUCGUGUGGCAAACGCUGGCUAUUAAAGUUGCUGAAAUAAUGUCGAAGUGAAUUUUACUAUGUGUUUAGAAUUGACAAACAAUCGUAGCAAAGAUUUAAGAAAGCAACUAAAUGAAAGGGAAAUGAUAUCGCGCUAGUGGCAACAAAAACAAAAACACUAAAGAAAAUCGAACGUAAAUCGAAAUCAUAAUAAAUUCACCAAAACAGCAGUGCAAAGAAAACAAUCGUUUGCUCACACACUCGCUAAAAUAAGUCCUUCUCCAACAUGGGCAUUAAAGAUAAAAUACGUGUGCUCAAGAAUGGCACCAGCACCAGCCCCAGUCACGAAACUCCUGGCUCACCAUCUAAGGGCGUUGAUCUAUUGAAACCACAUUCCAGUCGCAAUCUAAUGGCGCCGGGCCAGGUUACCGAGCAGACAUUGCAGGUGUGGCGCGCUCUACCGCCACAAAUACGACAUGAUCCGAGCAUGGUGUCAUUUCAGUUGGAAAAUGAGCGAUUGCAUGGCUCCUUAGUAACUACAGACGAUGAGUCUGGUAAUCCCCAUGACAUGGAGUCAAGUUACGAAGAGGAACACAGCUUUGCAGAUUCGGAAUAUAUUAACAUGAGAAAGUUAUCACACGGCCAGAAUACAGGCGAUGAACGAAGUUUUGUAACCCCCAGCACUGAUGGCGAAUGUACACUCUCAGACAUCGAAAGCUCGACCAACGACAAAUCAAAAGCGGUUGUGACCCGUGUAGUAGCUAAACAAAAAUCGAAAGGACGACGCAAGCGUGAAAAGCUAAUAAAACGUUGUGGUUUGCUAGUCUUUUGGAUCUUUGCAGCGGUUGUCUUAAUGAUUUUCGAAGAGAAACACUUGUUGGAGAAGACACUUGAAGUGCCAUGGAACAAAACGAAAAACUUCAAGCUACCCCAGAAUCCCACUGGUGAUUUCAAACUCAAGAUCUUCGGCACUUUCAACGAAACCAUGAGAAUGUAUCGCCAUGACGAUGAUGGGAAAUUUCUGUUUGUUCAGCCACAGUUGUCCUACUAUGAUAAAGUAAACAAUAGAAAGGAUUAUAAGAAUAUUUUACAACCUUGGCUCAUACCAAUCGUUUCGGAAACAUUGUUCGAAAUCGCGCCGGUCGUGUGGCGCAACCAGACUUACGAAAUGCCGGACACGAUUUUACGAAAGUUGCAAAAACCAGGUAUGAGGAUGCGCCUCAGCAUGUACACCAAUGUUGAGAAGGAUUUCGCUAUCGAGUUGGUCUACAAUCCUUUAAUAAUCAAUAAAAAGAUUGGUACGCUACUCGCCGCGGGUAUACUGCUGAUCUUCUAUGCGCUCCUCGUGUGGGAGGUUUUCCAACGCACCUUUGUGGCAAUUGUAUGCUCUAUACUCUCCGUCGCUGUGUUAGCUUGUUUUGACGAUCGCCCGAAUAUGGAGGAGAUAAUCGAGUGGAUGGAUAUGGAAAUGUUAACACUGCUGUUUUCUAUGAUGAUUAUUGUGGGCAUCUUAGCCGAGACAGGAGUCUUUGAUUAUAUAGCCGUAUUGGCAUUUGAGACAUCGGGCGGUAAAAUUUGGCCUAUGAUAUAUUUCCUAUGCUUUAUAACAUGUUUCGUGUCGAGCUUUCUGGAUAAUGUGACUACUGUUAUACUAAUGACACCAGUGGCGAUAAGACUUUGCGAAGUUAUGAGUUUGGAUCCUGUGCCCGUGUUGUUGGGCAUUAUAGUACAGUCGAAUAUUGGCGGUUCGCUGACACCCAUUGGCGAUCCUAUUUCGAUCAUCAUUUGCUCCAAUCACUUUUUUACGAAAAACGGUAUCACAUUCACCAAGUUUGUCACUCACACUCUUCCCGGUGUCAUUCUCGUUACGAUACAGAGUUGCCUAUAUCUGCGUUUCGCAUUCCGCGACCCUCAAUCGUUGCGUCUCAACGAACCGAAAGAGUUUAAAGAUCUGCGACGCGAAAUCAAAGUGUGGCAACGUGCGGCUAACUCACUCUCCUCCUAUUCCAAAGAUGCUGACCUGGUGCGUGCUACAUUGCACAAGAAAGUGAAGCUGCUGAAGCGCACUCUGAGGCGCAAGCAACGUGGUCUAGACUCAAACGACGCCUACACGCAUACCCUGCAGGAGCUGAAGGCGAAGUAUCCCAUCAAACAUAAGACACUUUUGGUGCAAGCGUGUGGGGCGCUAGCAUUUGUGCUUGUCUGCUUCUUCGUGCAAUCGGUGCCUCAAUGGCGUACGCUGCCACUUGGCUGGUUAGCCUUACUUGGCGUCAUUGCACUGUUGAUUGUUUUGAAUCGGGACGAUAUGGAACAUCUCUUACAUCGUAUCGAGUGGACGACGCUUUUAUUCUUUGCCGCCAUGUUUGUGAUGAUGGAAUGUGUAGAGCGCUUGGGUCUCUUUGCAUGGAUUGGAGAAAUGACAAAAAAGAUAAUUCUAUUUGUGGACGAACGGCAUCGUUUGGUAAUGGCCAUAUUCAUAAUUUUGUGGAUAUCGGCUAUGGCUUCUGCGGUGCUGGAUAGCAUACCCGUGACCGCCAUGAUGGUGCGGGUGGUCGUAUCGUUAGUGAGUAGGGAAACAUUGGGUCUGCCACUGGAGCCGCUCGUGUGGGCGCUCACAUUCGGAUCGAGUUUGGGAGGCAAUGGUACUUUGUACGGCGCUUCUUCCAAUGUGGUCUCGGCUGGCAUUGCCGAACAACACGGCUACAAAAUAACAUUUACACGCUACUUGAAAGUCGGUUUCCCUGUGAUGGUCGGCCAAAUUGUUAUCAUUACAGCCUACCUUUUGUGGGCUCAUAUUAUCUUCGAAUGGCACUAUGAGUAGUUCAAGGCACUUGGAAAGUUAUUCUAAAUUAUCACAAAUAUUCGGUUGAAUGCUAUCAGCUGUUUAUUUGAAUACAAACACACACACAUACACAUUUACAUACACACGUAUGUAUAAGAUUAAGCCUAAAAUAUCUGUUAUAUAAUAUGUACUGCAAUUGAAAAUGUUUUCCACGCGAUCACAAGCUCAUUACAUUUAAAUAUUCAUACUUUUUCGCUUUUAGAAAAUUUAUCUGGAGUCUAAGCUGAAUUUACUAUAAAUAUGUAAAUUUAUGGCAUAUACAUAAAUGUCUUUACAUGAUUUUAUUUACUUAUAUAUACAGCAAAAAUUUUGUAAUAUAAAUUAUUACCUACUGAGAGUAGGCAUCCAAAACAUGUUAACAUUUUUUGAUUGUGAUUUUAUUCAGAAAAAUUUUAAG